AUGAACCUCGCUGUGUUCUACGUGGUCGACGAGCUGCUCUCGAGAUCUCCCAUCAUCAUCUUCUACGGCACCUCCGCAACCACCACCGCCAACGCCGCCGCAUCACGAAUCCAAAGCCAUGUUUUCACGCCUGCUGGCCUGGUUUCCUACCCCCGACUCGCCAUCUCUCCCAGUAGCCCGUUCUACGCUGCUGUCCACUGUCUUCCUCGCGAGGAACAGGGCGACGAGAUAUGUCGCGGCUUGGCCUUCUCGCUCUUUAAAUACUUCGCCGAACUGCCCGAUGGUGUAAAGCACGCAUGGCAAUCCCUCCCCAAUCCGAUCGGUCGACUCCCGUCCGCGCCCCGACUCUUCAGCGAGAAUCAUGCCGCGAUUCUAGCGGCGAGGAUGAUCAAGGUGGAUAAUGUAGAGGACGUGAUCAAGGAUGUGAGACAAGCGCUCGCCGAGCAGACCUUAAGUUGGAUCGAUAUGGAUGUCGUGAUGCCUCCGGACUCCAUGAAGGAAGUGGGUAUGAAUACAAGAGAAUCCCUCGACCUCACCGAUGAAGAUAUUCUCAAUGAGCGCUUCGGCCAAUAUGCGCAGCUCGUCCCCCUGUUCGGCGAAGCGGCAUUUCUUCCCACCUCCAAGCUGCGACGCGCGCCGUCGAAACCCGGCCUCGAUCGCAGCCUCGCCUUCUCGCGCAGACAGAAGGAGAAUCUUCGCAGAGAAAUGUGCGAAUUGCUCGACACCGAAGAAAGCUACGUGAGCAAGACGUGGGACCUUCUCCACAGCGUGGCUGAGGACUUCCGUCAGCGGGCACGAGGAAAGUCUCCGGAGAGCACCUCUCCUGGCGAACAGGCGUUGGAAGGACUCUUCCCCCCGAGUCUUGACAAGAUCGUCGAAAUGAAUUCCGGCUACUUGAACGCGAUGCGGAAACUCUUGGAGGAUACAGAGAACGACGCGAUCCAGGACAUUCAGGAGACGCUCGAUGACCUAGCCCCAUACUGUUCUGGUACCACCCAGCCGAAAGAGAGGGAUGUCACCGGAGCCCUUGAUGUCGCGAAGUGCAUGGUCGAGUGGUUCCCGAAAUUCUCCGAAUGUUACCCUAACUACAUUGCGGCGCACGCCAACUUCACUCAACAUCUAAAAGUCUUCAUGAAGGCGACGGGGUCAAGCUUCUCGAAGCGCAUCCAUGACCACGGCGAACAGCGGAUGAUGUCGAUGCUCAUCGAGCCGGUCCAGCGGCUUCCUCGCUACACGUUGUACAUCGACAACAUCAUCAAGCAACUCCCCGUCAAGCAUUCUGCCGUCCGCCACUUUCUGAAAGCACGAGACAUCAUUUCUGAAAUCUGCUCGAGAGAGAGCGCGUCGAUCGGACUCAACCAAACGCUAGAAGAGCUACGGAAGUCGGCCAACCAUGUCCCCCUGGAUCUGCCGAUCAAGGGCCGGUUCAUUACAGCGGUGGAUGUCAUAAGCCUGGCACCACCCUACAGAUCCGAACUGGGACUGAAGGCUCACCCGGGAAUUCUACUUCUCUUUACGGACUGCAUUGUCGCACUUCGAAAACGCUCAAGAGGGGUGAUGACGGCGAAUAGCUUGAAGACGAAACUCGACAAUCCAGGAGUCAUGAUCCCCGAACCACCGGAAGCCUCUGGCCUGCAAUUAGACUUCUUGCGGCUCUACCCACUCCACUCUAUCGACAUCACCGAGAUGAACGACGGCAAGCGGAUCCACAUCUUGAAUUCCUCCCACCCUCCCUCCUCCAAACCCAGCACCCCGAAUCUCCCCGGCUCAUCGGACCGCUAUUCUCACCACAGCUCCAACGUCCUCAUCUACCAACUCACCGGAAGCUACGAAGGCAAAGCUACCCGGCUGCUCGAGGAGAUCACCCGAGCCCGGGUCGAAUCCCGAUUUACCGAGAAAGAGCGAGAGUCCCAGCAAUGGGAAGUGCGGUCGACAUCCACCGCCGACCUCCAGGUAUUCUCUGCGGUCUUCGAAGACUCCAAUGUGGAGUUUCAGAACGGUCGAGGGCCGCCUGCGACGGUGAAGGUGGUGCAUCCUGGUGACGAAGGGGUGGAUGUGCUUGUGUCUUUGACGGUGAUGGGAGAAGGGGAAGAGGGGUUCUAUCGCUUGGAGGUGCAGGGCGCGGGAAGGAGCGAAGGGAGUCGAGAUCAUUUGAAGGCAGGUGAAUUGAUGCCUGUUUUGGUUAAAAGAGUGUCCAACCUGCAUCAGUUCCGAGCCCAGAUCCGCAAUCCGGCGCUGACUCUCCCGCUGUUACUCCGGAAUCAACACAUCCUACAGUCGCUCAAAAUCCGCAGCGCCGAUCUCGACGACGAUGCGGCUAAAGACAAGCCUCGCGCCCCGUCGCCGGUGAAGGCACUCUCUGCCCUUUUCGGUGGUGCCAUCAGUAGAGAGACCAGCCCCAAAAAGCAUCGGCCGACGCCGUCGCUGAAUAUGAGCGACAUUCCGAAAAUGCCAUUGCCUCCCGGUUCUUCCUCUUCAAAUAUGUCGUCCCGCCCUGGAUCGAAGGAUAUGGCGCCAACAGAUGCCUCGUCCAAGGCGACGGUGGGGAUCAAGUUCCCUGCUGGUCCAGAAGACUCGCUGUCAAGGCUGGAGGAGACUCUCUCCAGCUACAUCCUUGCGAUUCACUCGAGGAAAGGUAACGUUGUCGGUCGCGUUCUGCAGAAUCGAGCCGUUGCAUCGGAGCUCGCCGUCAAUGAACUCUACAACGCACUUCUCGACGAUCCUGCGAACCAUCAGCUUGCCGCUCAAGUCUCCGUCGACGUGCUCUUCGCCGCGUUCGAGAAGUUUGUGAAGAUGGCAUGGCGCGAUGCGAUGGGUCCUGUUGUUCCUCAGCAAAACUGGGUGGAGAUCCAGAUCGGGAUGGAGCGACCUGGGACGUAUGCAGGGAAUUUCGAGACUUUAUUCAAGAAACUCUUCAAUGACAUGGCGCCGCAGAACCAGCGAGCGUUCAGGGCCAUGAUAAAACUCCUUGCCGAGCUGCUGGAUGGGACUGGUAACGACUCGGAUCGGGGAAUCCUCACGGCUGCUUUUACCGAUGUGCUUGUGUCUCAUGGGAAUCCGCAUGAUUACAUGCAUAUCAUUGACCGCUUGAUCGAAGAUAUGGAGGCACUCUUUGGAGAUGCGCGUCCCGUCUCGUCCGGUGGUGCGCACCCGUCACUGACUAGCUCCGUGUCAUCGGAGACGAGAAAUAUGGCGAAGAACACUGGAAGCCUCACGAGCAAUACCAGCCUCAGGAAACGGUUUGGAUUCGGCUUGACGAGGGAGAACAGCAAAUCCAAAGACGAUCAUCACGAGUCAUCUGGAUUUGGGUCUGUCUGGAGAUCCUUGAGCAAGACGAAGGGAUCGUCUCAUGAUCAUCCUACGGGGCCCCAGCAUGGCCACACAUCAAGCCAACCUUCAUCAUUGUCCAAGGCUCACACCAACUUUGGUCUCAGUCGGUCCAAAUCCACCGACGUAGCCGCUUCUCUCACACUUGACCUAGCCACAAGACGUCCUGUCUCUAGAGAUCGACCCACGGUGCUUGGUGCAUUCCCCUUCGAAGGCACUGGAAGCUCCACUCCGCUCAGCACCAUUGGGGAAAAUGUUUCGACCACACCUACCGUACCACCUCCGCGUAAGAAGCGCCGCAGCAGUCUUAGCGAUCUCCGCGCUCUACACGUGGAAACUGGCCACCACACUCCAUCAUGGGAUGACGAUCUCCUAUCCUCACCUCCUCGCGUACCUGCGCCUCUCAAAACCAGCGCCAUUCCUUUGGUCAGUUCACGUGGCGGUUCGCCCCUUCGAGCCGGGAGCCCACUUCGGGCAGUGAGUCCACUUCGUGCAGGCUCUCCCAGUCGGUCGGCCAGCCCAAAGAAGGAGAACAACCCGUUGUCUCCCACUGGACUGCCCCGUCCAUCCAAAGGCCCUCGUCCACUCAGCGCGAAGAGCGAGGACUCCAACAACAGCCCUGCCAAACGCCGCACGGACAGCAUCUCCAACAUCCCACGAUACGGAUUGAGCAGUAGUUCUCAUUCCCGUGGCCACAGCGUUCCGAACGGUGGAUUGGUCGAACGGCCCACCUCCGGCAACAUCGCCAAACACCCACCUAUUUCCGAGAAAGAUCACAAUGUCGGCACCGCUAAUUCGUCUUUCGUAUCUACCACGUCUUCCUCGCCCCGCAAGUCCGAAGGCGUUGCCCCUGUGACACCUUCGUCCACGGGCAGCCCGACCAAGAGACUCAAGAUGCAGAGCCCCAGCAAACUGCGGGAACGGCUUCAGAGCGAGCAGAAAUCGCUGCGUGACACCGAGUCCGCGUUGCAAACGGAGCUGGAUAAGAUUUCGCAGGAGAUGCAGUCGCUCGGGCCCACCGGCGGAAGCGUGCGAGUCAAGCGAAACGCGGCACCUGGCGCCUCCAAUGGACAGUCCAUACCGUCCAACAGCAUCCCAAAUGCGAGCGGUCCAAUCAACCCCGCCCUCAAGCAACUCGAAACCCGCAUCGCCACCCUCGAGUCCCGCAUCCGCGCCGUCACCACCCCCAUCCAACAAGCCCUCGCGACCCUUUCCAACGACUACCACUCCAGCCUCCAAGUCUCGGAAGCGCGAGUCAAGCACCUCGACCAGCUCUACCGCGACGCGACGGCGGAGAACGAGGCGCUGUACGGCAAGUUCAACGAGGAGUUGGAGCGGGUGCUGAAGGAGUGUCAGAAGGGGAGCGGGAACGCGGCGAAGGAGGCGGGAAGACGGAGGGAGGAGUUGGCGGAGGAUGCGGGGCGGUUGAAGCGGGAGAAUGCGAGGUUGAAGAGGGAGGUGGGGGGGUUGAGGGCGCAGUUGAGGGGGUGA